AGAACUUACAGCGGCACUGAAACCGAAGGACAGCUUUUGAAUUCCUUUGUUCAGUACUUUGGUGACAGCCUUGGGAGGAAGAUUAAAAGAAUGCCUUUAAUUGAAGAAACUGUUCUGCCUGGGGACUCCCUUCUUACUCUGCCUGUAGUAAUAAUAGGAAAUGGACCUUCAGGAAUUUGCCUUUCUUACCUGCUCUCUGGAUACAGGCCAUAUUUAUCUCCUGAAGCUAUACACCCAAACCCCAUCCUACAUACAAAAUUAGAAGAAGCUCGACAUCUUUCCAUUGUUGAUCAAGAUCUGGAGUACCUGUCAGAAGGCCUGGAAGGACGCUCCUCAAACCCAGUUGCAGUGCUUUUUGAUACAUUGCUUCACCCUGAUGCUGACUUUGGCUAUGACUACCCACCUGUUCUGCACUGGAAGUUAGAACAACAUAAUUACAUUCCACACAUAGUGCUUGGAAAAGGACCACCUGGUGGGGCUUGGCAUUCCAUGGAGGGCUCUAUGCUAACCAUCAGUUUUGGAGACUGGAUGGAAUUGCCUGGCCUCAGCUUUAAGGAGUGGGCAGCUAGCAAACGCAGAAAUAUAAAGAGUGAUCGAGUAAUGCCAGAGGAAAUAGCUUGUUAUUAUAAACACUAUGUUAAAGUCAUGGGCCUCCAAAAGAAUUUCAGAGACAAUGUUUACAUAACAUCAGUGUCCAGGCUUUACCGAGAAAAGGAUGAUGAAGGUAGAAGUCACCAAAAUGAAGAUAUUUCAACACAGCAUUUGGAAAUGGAAGAUGGACAGAAAUUACUUAUUAAGAGAAACUGGGAAGUCAGAGGUUAUCAGCGAGCAACAGAUGGUUCUCAUGUGCCCUUCUGCCUCUUUGCUGAGAAUGUGGCUCUUGCAACUGGAACCUUUGACUCUCCUGGCCGACUGCAAGUUGAAGGAGAAGACUUUCCUUUUGUCCUCCAUUCCAUGUCUGACUUUGGAGCCGCAAUCAGCAAAGGAAAGUUACGUGGGAAGGCAGACCCUGUGUUGAUUGUGGGUGCUGGACUAACAGCAGCAGAUGCAGUACUGUGUGCCUAUAACAACAACAUCCCAGUAGUCCAUGUGUUUCGUAGAAGAGUUACCGAUACAAGCCUGAUUUUCAAACAGUUACCUAAAAAGCUUUACCCUGAAUACCAUAAGGUCUAUCAUAUGAUGUGUACUCAGUCUCAUACCGUGGACUCUAAUCAACAUUCUGCUUACACUAGUUUCCCUGAACACAAUGUACUUUCCUUCAAGCCUGAAAUGAAAUGUGUUCUUCAGAGUGCCUCCGGACUGAAGAAAAUUUUGAAGUUUUCUGUAGCCCUAGUUCUGAUAGGCUCUCAUCCAAAUCUUUUCUUUUUAAAGGACCAAGGACAUAGCAUAGGUCAUCACUCUAAUCAACCCAUCACAUGCAAGGGGAAUCCUAUAGAGAUUGAUCCAUACACUUACGAAUGCACUAAAGAAGCCAACCUCUUUGCUUUAGGGCCUCUGGUGGGAGACAACUUUGUACGGUUUUUAAAAGGAGGUGCACUGGGCAUUACACGAUGCUUGGCAAUAAGGCAAAAAAAGAAACAUGAAUUGAUUGAAAGUGGGGAUGGAGGAGGUGAUGGGGUACCAUAAAUGAGACAUUAGAAACUCUCAAAUCCGGGAUUACAGAUGUAGUCUUAACAGAAAACUCACUGGCAGCAAAAGUUGAUAGCAGUCACAUUUCUGUUGUGUACAAGUAACCUGCGCUUGUAUUGCUUGGUAAAGGAUGCUGAUAUUACGAUACUUUACUCUUUAAAAAUACAAAAAAUUGAUCUGCUAUUUCAACUGAUCUCAACUGGAAUUGCCUCCAGGUAAACAGAAAAUGAGACUAACUUAUCUUGGCGUGCCUGUCUGUCAUCUCUUGCUCAACUACAAGAGCAGACUUCGUCUGUGAAAGGCAAUGCCUACCAGAGUGGCUUUACAUUUUAGUGUCAAAUGUGACAAAAACAGUCAUACCAUUAAAUUGAAAUGAUUUCUAAAAGCGGAAGGCUUGUUUAGUACGAAGUGAUUCUUUGUCCCAAAGCAAAUUUGGAGCCAUCUGCUUGACACAUGGAUUUUAUUUAUUUGCCACGGUAAUACUUGGAAUGAGCACUUAGUUAAAUGGUUUCUACUGUAAGAAGGACUUCUGUAAGCAAGAAGUAUUCCUCAACAGUUCUAAAUUACCCUGGUAACUGGAAUAAAAGAACAAGCAUUCCCAUUUAAUCUUUAACAAUUUGACAUAAUCCAUUAAUGUUUCUUCACACUAUGCCUAGAGUUGGGUGAGUGCACGAAGACUAACAUGAGAUGUUCUCCUGCAGUGAUAUGUACAUUUCUGAGACUUAAACAAUAAAGUACUGAUGUAAGUGCUCUUAUU